AUGUUCUUUUAUUCCGCUCAAUCAAGAGCUUUACGACGGUUAUCUAUCGCUCCACAGGGAACCGAAACAAGAUUAGGACGGCAAAUCGUUGAAGUGAUCGCAAAGCAGUCUACCCCAUCAACCGUGACAGAGAAUGAACAAGGAAGUAAGGAGCAAAAAAAAGACCAAAGGAAAGAUAACUCUGACGAACAACGAAAAGUAGCUAUUCGAAGUUCAUCCUUAGGAAAUACCUUAUGCUAUUCAACUUCUGAUAUACAAAUAGCCAAGAAGCCCAACAAGCACUACUAUCGACGGCCGACAGUAACCAUACAAAGCGAUGGACGAAUUGUCAUUGGUGGUAAUCACAUUUUUGCUAAUGUAGAACUUGGUCUGUAUCAUCGGAAAUCUGAUUGUUAG